AUGCUCAGUUCAGUGUCAGUCUCCUCUUUCAAAGGACGCAAGGGUGGGAACAAGUCGCCCAACAAAGCAUGUUACAGUGCAGACAUGACUUGUCCGCCAGACAGCGAGAAAAUCGUAAUAAACUGCGGAGGGGUGCGACACGAGACUUACCGCAGCACCCUCAAAACUUUGCCCGGUACCCGCUUAUCUUGGCUUACCGAUCCGGACGCGUUUAGCAACUUCGACUAUGACCCCAAAAUCGACGAGUUCUUCUUCGACCGCCACCCUGGCACAUUCACAUUCAUCCUCAACUACUACCGCACAGGCAAGCUUCACUGUCCCAACGAUGUGUGCGGCCCAUUGUUCGAGGAGGAGCUCGCCUUCUGGGGCAUCGACGAGACGGACGUGGAGGCGUGCUGCUGGAUGAACUACCGUCAACACAGGGAUGCCGAAGAGGCGCUGGACAGCUUCGAGCAGCCCGAGCCAGAGGAGCCGGAAGACGACCUGGAGCUGACUGCGGACGGAGAGCUCAAGAGGCUGUGCCUGCAUGAAGACGGGCGCAAGAGGAGCUGGUGGAGUGUGUGGCAACCCUAUUUCUGGAAUCUUUUUGAGGAUCCAUAUUCUUCCAAGAAUGCCAAGUACUGUGCGUUCCUCUCCCUUCUGUUCAUCCUCAUCUCCAUCACCACCUUCUGCCUGGAGACGCACGAGGCCUUCAACACCAUCUACAACAAAACAGAGAACGUGACGGUGGACAAUGUGACGCGCCAGGAGAUCGUCUACGAGGUGGUGACCGACGGCUGGCUCACCUAUGUGGAGGGAACGUGCGUCAUCUGGUUCACCAUCGAGGUCAUGAUGCGCGUGAUCUUCUGCCCCUGCAAGAAGGAGUUCUUCAGUAGCACCCUCAAUAUCAUUGACUUUAUUGCCAUCAUGCCCUUCUACCUGGAGGUGGCGCUGAGCGGCCUGGAUUCCAAAGCCGCCAAAGACGUGUUGGGCUUCCUGCGAGUGGUGCGCUUCGUCAGGAUCCUGCGUAUCUUCAAGUUGACUCGUCACUUUGUGGGCCUGCGGGUGCUGGGCCACACGCUCCGCGCCAGUACCAACGAGUUCCUCCUCCUCAUCAUCUUCCUCGCCCUCGGCGUGCUCAUCUUCGCCACCAUGAUCUACUACGCCGAGCGCAUCGGUGCCGACCCUGACGACCCUACGGCCGCCAAACACACAAACUUCAAGAACAUCCCCAUUGGCUUCUGGUGGGCCGUGGUCACCAUGACCACUCUGGGCUACGGGGACAUGUACCCCGAGACGUGGUCGGGGAUGCUGGUGGGCGCGCUGUGCGCCCUGGCGGGGGUGCUGACCAUCGCCAUGCCUGUGCCCGUCAUCGUCAACAACUUUGGCAUGUACUACUCACUGGCCAUGGCCAAGCAGAAGCUGCCCAAGAGGAAGGGCAAGCACAUCCCUCGGCCCACCAUGCCGGGCUCGCCCAACUACUGCAAGCCAGAUGCCCUGGCCAUGGCCACCGCCGGGCCGGGUAUGGUGAGCUCAGGCAGCCUGGGGGGAGGGGACUGCCCUCUGGCCCAGGAGGAGAUCAUCGAGAUCAACAGGACAGAUUCCAAGCAGAAUGGUGACGCAGCCAACGCAGCCCUGGCUAACGAGGACUGCCCCACCAUAGACAUGGUGCUUGGGGAGGAGAGGAGUCCUGCAGCUGGGGGUCUGGGCACCGGCGGGAGCCGAGAGCGCUAUCCCCAUGACCGCGCCUGCUUCCUCCUCAGUACCGGAGAGUUCCGUGCUACAGACGGCAACGUGAGGAAAGUGUUGAGUUUCUAAAAUUCCCCUUCCUGUCCAAGAAGAGGAACAACCAUAGGACACAAUUCACCCAGAGCUCCCUACUGGAUUCACUGUGGGCUGGAGGAAUAUGUAACCGGAGAGAGAGAGAGAGAGAGAGAGAGAGAGGGGGAGAGAAAAAAAAGGAGAGAAAGCGAGAGAAAGAAAGAGAACUGAAGGUGAUGGUGAUAAUUGGCGGAUGAUAGAGGACAACGAGAGUCAAAGAGAUUUGUUCAUCCCUCCGCACCAGAAGCAUCCUUCGUUCCUGUGGACUCCUCAAUCAGCACCAUGCUGUAGAAAACAAACUCCAGACCAACAUAACAGACUUACAGACUGAAACACAUACCUUAUGUCAGCAUACUUUACCGUGUCUUAUUAUACUAAGUUUAUUGACAUUGAAAUCCCAGACAAAUUAUAAAAGAAACAAACAAUAGAACAGAAUGCCCCUAGGAAAGAGCCAAAGAGUUAUGGGACAGUAGGACAGUGUUCCACAACUUGGUUGUCAUCCUACUGUAUCAUAGACAAUGCAUGCUCUUAACCACUGUCAAAUUUUCCCUUAGACAAAUGACAUGUUAUUUAUUGGCUCUCAGAUACAGUAUAUUCAAUUGUUUUUAAAUCUUCCUAUUUGGUACUUCAAAGAUCGGACAUACAGUACGGUAGGCAACAUAAACAAACUGCUGCAGUGGUCUGAGAUUACUCAACACAGUCAGUGUGGAUGUGACUACAGAAAAGGCGAGCCAGGUGCUAGCCAAUGGCAAAAUACAUUGAAAUAACAGUCAUUUUACUGCUUUGCAGCCAAACACUAUGCAAAGCUAGGAGGCCGAAUGACCAUUGCGUCCAGUGACUCCUGAGUCGGCCCACUAUGGUGACGCUACCUGCUUAUGUAAAGUCAGUCACAGCUGUUGGACUGUUUUCAGUGAUUGACAGCCCUUCUCUUACCCUCUCACAAGAGUCACACUUCAGAAGAUACUGAAUGAUGGGCCACAAUAGUAGAGCUACCAGUUAUAUAGUAUACCAGGCCAUUGGUCAUUUCAUAGAAACCUGCACAUAGGUCUGACAUACGAUACACUCCCUGACUGACUGAUGCUGACUCGUGUUGCAUGACAGAGGGUGUCGGCUGACCCGAACAGACCUACUCAUCGACCACUUUGAAGGAUUUGGGCCUAAAGAAAACCAGAGUGUGUGCGCUGGAGAGUUGAGGAGGACGCCAAAGGAGAGAGACACUGGAAGCAUGAGCGCAAUGCGCAUGCCAAGAACGCCAGCGACUGCUGGGAAAACGAGGACAUACGUCUCUCAAUCGCUCCCUCUCUUUAUCUCCAACCCUCUGCAUCUCAGCAUUGCUGCUCCUCCUCCGUAGCAAACUGCAUGGCAUGAUCGAAGAAAAAAAAACCUGAGGAACGAAACGUAGAGAACAAAAAGGAUGGAGAGAGAGACCAGAGAGACUUUAUUUUUUAAACCAAACAAUCAUAAUCACAUCAACCUUUUUCAAAAAGAUCCAAUUGGUAACUAUUUGCAAGUGUCAAGAUAACAAACGGUCAACUGCACGUUGAGAGAGUGGCUACUGUAAAGGUCUCUCUCCUUUCUGUAGAAAGGAUGAAGGUCAAAGAGCACUGCACCUCUGGGGGGAUCACAAGGAAGUGCGAGAAAAGAGCGGGAAGAGGGUGAACUUUGAUAAACAAUUCCGGGAAAAAGUGAAAAUGCAUUUUUAUUACUUUGUUUACCAGCAUGACUAUUCUGCAUGAGUAUACUUCUGCAAGCCCUAACCCCACCCCCCCUCCCUAAAAAAGAGGGCUAGGAAUUGAAAAAAAUGUACAAAAUCGAGACGAAACAAAAAAUAUUUAUGUUAUAUGCAACUCAUUUUAAAAAAGAGCAGGAUUAUAUUAAAAAAAAUCUAUAUUUUGUUUUGGGAUAAAAAAAGGAAUAACGAAAAAAAUAUAUAGGAUUGCAAGAUACACAUUGAACAAUGUUUUCUUAGACAAAUAAACACACACCACAAAAUCUACCAGAGAUGAACUGUGCGAGGAACUUCCCCUGAUACAACAACUACUCUACUACUACUUUGAUGACAACUCUUCUCCCUCUCUGUUACUUCUUCUUCUAAUGCUCUCACUCUCUGGUCCUACCGCCCUGAUUGCCCCCCUGCUGCCAAUUCACUGUCUUCCACCCCACUGUCCAUCCAGGUCCCCUCUCCACUGUCUGUCUGUAUAACUCUGUUUAGUUGGACUGUGCUCAGAUCCAAUGGGUCAUAUUUACUAGGAUCCAAACGGGCCGGGAACGGACUAUACCUAAACUUGUCUAACAAGUUUUCCGCUGCAAACCUGUUUGCUACGGUGUGCACCAAUGAAUACGACCAUGAUGGACUCGGUUUUUUUGUUCUUUCAGUCUCGUGCUCAAGGUGGGAGAUGGCAGCUUCACCACCGGGACGCGGUUGUAGACUCUAUAAGGUCUCGGCUAACUAAAGCAGAGAUUAAACCUCACCCCGUCCCCAGGCUAAAAACCCACUGCACAUUGGGAGAAAGUAUCUGAUCUGGUGAAUGAGAUUAGCGAUGACCUAACACACAACAAAUAACAUGGAUUGGAUUGUGUAGCUCAAUAAUACUGUAGCUCUGACCCUGUACUGUAGCUAGCACCUGUAGCACUGCGCUGACUGGCCAUAGAUAGCGCCAUAUUAGCUCAGCCCUGAUAUUGUAGCUAUACAAUGCGUAGCUUUGUGCUGCUAUGACAUAAUGUACUGUAGGCCUAUCUCCCUGAUUAUGGGGAUGUGUAUAACAUGUUGUGGCAUUUAACCCCCAACUGCUGCUGGUGCCCCCGGCGUUGGUGAAGCAGCCAUCUUUGCUCCAUUUCCCAGGUGGGGAUAGCAUAUUGGCCAGGAAAACUGCUGUUCAAAGAUGCUGUUUGCAUCGCACCAGGCACCUCACCACACUCUCAACAACAGAUUUUUUUUGUUUUAUUUCCCCCUUUUUUCCAUGUUUCUUUUCAAGUGAUUUGGUUGUUGUUGUGUUCUGUUUCUAGGCCUGUAUGUAUAGGUAAUGUCGCCAGUCACGGCAAACCCUUAGCUAGGCCCACAUCAUAGUUGAGAUAAUAUGUUGUUUAUCCCCAAUGAAGAGUGCCGUCAUCCGAGCCGUGGUUAGUCUCUAGGUGACACUGGUCUAGCCGAGAGGGACGUCACUUCAGACCGUGUCAAAUACAAUUUGGGUCACAUUAAUUUGCAUAUUGCUCAUUUUAGAUUUUUGUCUCAAAUGAGUGUUAACUUGUGUUCACUUCCCAAAACUGUUCCUUUGUUUUGGUUUGUUUAUUUGUUAUUAGGCAAUGAUGAUGAUUUUGAUGAUGUUCCAGAGAGGCUGGGGGCUAACUACUGAGAACUGAGCAACUAACUAUGCAAGAGUUUGACUGUAGCAUACGAUUAACUUCAGUGUUUCAUUGUGCCAAAGGAGUUCAGUGUGUUGGGUCUGUUUGUCUGUUGUGUGGGAGGGCAAGAAUGGGGUAGGGUAAGGAUGGAAAAAGGAGGCAGCUACUAUAUCUAGCAUGGUGCAUUGUUUACUGAAAUUAAUGGGGGUGUGGGGGUUAAAGUAAUUAGAAUAGGGGCCCCCCUGAAGAUCUCUGGAGUUUGCUACUCAGGAUAUGUCCCUGUACUCGCAGUUUUCAUUUGAUACACUGGAUCUCUGUCAUUCAUCACCUUAUGUCUGAUUCCUCCCCCUUUUCCUUCUCAUCCUCAACCCCAUUCCUUUCACAUUCAUUCCUUCUCAACACCUGCCUACUCCUUCUCUCACGCUCUCCCUUUCCAAAAAAGUUUAUUAUGGCACGAUGUUUGUUACAAAAAGAAUGAUUUGAAAUGAUAGAGAUAAGUAACCAUAGAUUAUGGAAGGACGCAUCACUACUAGACAUUUCAUUCUGAAGAUGGAAAUGAUUGUUUGUGAGGUAGAGAAGGAGAGGGAUCGGGUGCAAGGUGGAUGGGAAGAAGAGGAGAUGGGCACAACUGGCUUAGAUACAGAUAAAGACAGAGGUGAAUGGAUCAUACCCCCCCCCAUCAACCUUCUGGUAGCACACCCCACACAGACACGUUAAAUGGAAAUAUAGACCGUUCCAUUUAAAAUGUCAGGGGGGGGGGGGUCUAUUGUCAGAGCAAUAAUUUGUUCCAAACCCUCGGUUUUGUGGGGGAGUCCAAUGCAAUUUACCUAUGCUUACUGUCAAAGCAAGCUUACCACCUGUAAAAAAGAAAAGAAAAAAGGAGCCUGUUAAAUACUUUAUUCUGUAUUGUUUUCAUCUUGAUUUUAAAGCAUGCAUACAUAUCUAGUCUCUGAGUUUUGGGAUGGGUUUUCACAAAACAGGUGGUGAAUAUACUGUGAAUAACCGCCAUCUUAUGUUAAUGACUGUACUACCACUGUGUGUCAGUAGGAAUGUGUGUGUGUGCUACCAGAAGACACGUUGUGCAGGUGGGGGUGUGUGUGAUCCUCCUCCACGCCCACUUGAGAGGAUUGACAGCUCAACACUUGCAUAACUUUACUUGAAACCCAAAUACAAAACAUAUCAAGAAAGGAGCAGAGUAAAGCCAGAAACCCCACUGUCAUAUAUUCUCUUUCCCCGUCUUUCCUCCCUCUCAUCCCCGUCUCCUAUCCCCCUCUCUUUCUCUCCCUCCUCUACACAUUUUUGAGGAAGAAGCUCUUUUUGCAUCCUUGUUCUUGUGUUUUUCUAACAUAUUGUUUGAAGUUGAAUUCUAAUGCAUGCGCGGGAGAGAAAAAAAGACGACUUAACUUAUUUGUGAAUGGCCAGAAUGAAGUAACUCUCUUUUCGCCAGCAAUCUCUGUCUUCCUCUUUCAGCCAGUGGUGAGAUGAUGGGGGGGAAUAUGCAAACUGAAACACUCUUUAAAAAAAAAAUGUCUAUAUCACUGUUUUAUGUUCAUUUUUUUGUCAUAUUUUUUGUUUACUGCAGUGUGUGUGGUUUGACUGAAUUGGUAGAAAUACACUGGCUAUCUUUCUAUGUGUAUUGCGCUUGGAAGGAAAGGGAGGUGAAAUAGGCUCAGUUUCAUGAGUCCGAUAUCUUUCCUGAUACACAUACAACCGUUUGGGAGAUCUCAGCAGUGCUAGUAGCAUUGUGCCAAUCUGUCCAUUCUGUUCCAUUUGUACAUGUCCCUGUCUUUUGCAUCUGUACAUCUCUAUAUAUCAUUCUGCCUGUCACUUCUUCUGUCUGUAACAGUAACGUAUCUCUUAUUCUACCCCUCUAGAUACAGAUACGUCAAUAUCGUUGUUUUCUGUUAAUUUUCCUUAUUUGGUGUUUUGACUUAAUUUCUUAUAAUUUGGUGCCUUGUUUACUCUUUUGUCUGAGUCAUGUUGUCGGUGAUUUGUGUUCUGAAUUUUACAUUUGAAAGAACAUUGCACUACUAGCACCAAUGCAGCUAAUGUUUCUAUUGGUCCUGCCAACUGUUGUGACUACAUCGCCACUAAGCGAAUAAGGCACUGGGUGCAGCCAUGCCACUUUCCUAUCAGGGGAGAAAGAGAGGGAAGACAGAGACGGGAGAAGAGAAGGUUACUACAAUAACACUGAAUGGGGUUUAUGCUAUAAAGACUGAUGCUGGAUACAAUUUUAAUGUCAUAACACAGAAAAAAAUGAAAUAAUCAAGAACUGUAUAAAAUAUAUUUCAAUGGAAUGUUUAUUAUUUACCUUUUAUAUUUUUGAAAUGUGUAAAGAAAAAAUAUGAAUAAACAGUAAUAAUUUAACCAAGUUUGUGAAAAAAGAGACUUAAACACAGUUCUAUUGUUAAAAGUAUGAAAGUUUGAAAGUGAAUGCUAAUUAAACUUAAACUCUUCUCCAUUACAGAUAGGAAAAUAAAACAAGAAUAAUGAAACGAAAUACCCACAAAAUUAACUGGAAAAAACGAAUCCAAUUUAAAGAGAAAACGUCAAAAACGCUAUAAAAAUAUUAAAAGCUUAUGCCAAAAUUU